AUGAUACGUCCUUAUGUCUUCUCCUUGUCUCCUCUCCCUCUCAACCCCCCAGAGCAGCGGCGCCUCGCCCUCACAACCCCCCUGAGCAGCGGCGCCGCUCCCUCACAACCCCCCAGAGCAGGGGCGCCUCCUCCUCACAACCCCCCAGAGCAGCGGCGCCUCCUCCUCACAACCCCCCAGAGCAGCGGCGCCUCCUCCUCACAACCCCCCAGAUCAGGGGCGCCUCCUCCUCACAACCCCCCAGAGCAGCGGCGCCUCCUCCUCACAAUCCCCCAGAGCAGCGGCGCCUCCUCCUCACAACCCCCCAGACAGCGGCACCUCUCCCUCACAGCCCCCCAGAGCAGCGGCGCCUUCUCCUCACAACCCCCAAGAGCAGCGGCGCCUCCUCACAGCCCCCCAGAGCAGGGGCGCCUCCUCCUCACAACCCCCCAGAGCAGCGGCGCCUCCUCCUCACAGCCCCCCAAAGCAGCAGUGCCUCCUCCUCACAACCCCCCAGAUCAGGGGCGCCUCCUCCUCACAACCCCCCAGAGCAGCGGCGCCUCCUCCUCACCACCCCCCAGAGCAGCGGCGCCUCUCCCUCACAGCCCCCCAGAGCAGCGGCGCCUUCUCCUCACAACCCCCCAGAGCAGGGGCGCCUCCUCACAGCCCCCCAGAGCAGGGGCGCCUCCUCCUCACAACCCCCCAGAGCAGCGGCCCCUCCUCCUCACAGCCCCCCAGAGCAGCGGCGCCUCCUCACACCCCCCCAAAGCAGGGGCGCCUCCUCCUCACUGCCCCCCAGAGCAGCGGCGCCUCCUCCUCACAGCCCCCCAGAGCAGCGGCGCCUCCUCCUCACAACCCCCCAGAGCAGCAGUGCCUCCUCCUCACACCCCCCCAAAGCAGGGGCGCCUCCUCCUCACUGCCCCCCAGAGCAGCGGCGCCUCCUCCUCACAGCCCCCCAGAGCAGCGGCGCCUCCUCCUCACAACCCCCCAGAGCAGCGGCGCCUCUCCCUCACAGCCCCCCAGAGCAGCGGCGCCUCCUCCUCACAGCCCCCCAGAGCAGCGGCGCCUCCUCCUCACAACCCCCCAAAGCAGGGGCGCCUCCUCCUCACUGCCCCCCAGAGCAGCGGCGCCUCCUCCUCACAGCCCCCCAGAGCAGCGGCGCCUCCUCCUCACAACCCCCCAGAGCAGCGGCGCCUCUCCCUCACAGCCCCCCAGAGCAGCGGCGCCUCUCCCUCACACCCCCCCAGAGCAGCGGCGCCUCGCCCUCACACCCCCCCAGAGCAGCGGCGCCUCACCCUCACAGCCACCCAGAGCAGCGGCGCCUCGCCCUCACAGCCCCCCAGAGCAGCGGCGCCUCUCCCUCACAGCCACCCAGAGCAGCGGCGCCUCUCCCUCACAGCUCCUCAGAGCAGCGGCGCCUCUCCCUCACAGCCCCCCAGAGCAGCGGCGCCUCUCCCUCACACCCCCCCAGAGCAGCGGCGCCUCGCCCUCACACCCCCCCAGAGCAGCGGCGCCUCGCCCUCACAGCCACCCAGAGCAGCGGCGCCUCUCCCUCACAGCCCCUCAGAGCAGCGGCGCCUCUCCCUCACACCCCCCCAGAGCAGCGGCGCCUCGCCCUCACACCCCCCCAGAGCAGUGGCGCCUCGCCCUCACAGCCCCUCAGAGCAGCGGCGCCUCUCCCUCACACCCCUCCCGAGCAGCGGCGCCUCGCCCUCACACCCCCCCAGAGCAGUUGCGCCUCUCCCUCACACCCCUCCAGAGCAGCGGCGCCUCUCCCUCACACCCCUCCAGAGCAGCGGCGCCUCGCCCUCACAGCCCCCCAGAGCAGCGGCGCCUCGCCCUCACACCCCUCCAGAGCAGCGGCGCCUCGCCCUCACAGCCCCCCAGAGCAGCGGCGCCUCUCCCUCACAGCCCCCCAGAGCAGCGGCGCCUCGCCCUCACACCCCCCCAAGAGCAGCGGCGCCCCGCCCUCACACCCCUCCAGAGCAGCGGCGCCUCUCCCUCACACCCCUCCAGAGCAGCGGCGCCUCGCCCUCACACCCCCCCAAGAGCAGCGGCGCCUCGCCCUCACACCCCUCCAGAGCAGCGGCGCCUCGCCCUCACAGCCCCCCAGAGCAGCGGCGCCUCUCCCUCACAGCCCCCCAGAGCAGCGGCGCCUCGCCCUCACACCCCCCCAAGAGCAGCGGCGCCUCGCCCUCACACCCCUCCAGAGCAGCGGCGCCUCGCCCUCACAGCCACCCAGAGCAGCGGCGCCUCUCCCUCACACCCCCCCAGAGCAGCGGCGCCUCUCCCUCACACCCCUCCAGAGCAGCGGCGCCUCGCCCUUACAGCCCCCCCGAGCAGCGGCGCCUCUCCCUCACACCCCUCCCGAGCAGCGGCGCCUCGCCCUCACACCCCCCCAGAGCAGCGGCGCCUCUCCCUCACACCCCUCCAGAGCAGCGGCGCCCUCACAUCCCCUCACAGCAACGGCGCCUCUCCCUCACAGCCCCCCAGAGCAGCGGCGCCUCACCCUCACAACCCCCCAGAGCAGCGGCGCCUCUCCCUCACACCCCCCCAGAGCAGCGGCGCCUCUCCCUCACACCCCUCCAGAGCAGCGGCGCCUCGCCCUCACAGCCCCCCAGAGCAGCGGCGCCUCGCCCUCACACCCCCCCAAGAGCAGCGGCGCCUCGCCCUCACACCCCUCCAGAGCAGCGGCGCCUCGCCCUCACAGCCCCCCAGAGCAGGGGCGCCUCGCCCAAAUGCUGA